UGUGGGUCCUAGGCAUUACCAUGGCAGCCUUCAUUCAUGCUUUUGUGGCGUUCGCAGAAGGAGGCAAUGACCAAGUGAACAGCGAUGUGAAAACACGAAUUACUGAAUGCGACAAUUUCUACAAACAUGUGUGCCAUGGCGGGAACGAAGAAUUGCACAGGACUUCACCCGAAUUUCUUAAGACGUUGCUCUACCAAAAACUGAAAGGUAUACUAGAAGACGAAUAUAGUCAUACACAGAAGCCUGGCAUAGAAAGUGGUGUCGAUGGCGAUCAUGUAAACAUCGAACUAAUGGCCAAGAAGCUGUACAGCAUCUGUGUAAAAGAUCAGCAGAACUCCAAAGAAAAAGUACAAGAAGCACUUAAACAAGUGCUGCGAUCAGCUGGUAUAGAUGAAUGGCCCUUGAUGACUGAGUCACAUCAGCAAUACGAUGAGGUCUUGAAAAAGACAGGGCUUAGACCUGUGGCAACAAUAGCGGCUGUUCCUGAUCCAAAGAACCUACAGUUCAUGUUAGCGGUGAACGCGCCUCUUCCUCGGUUCGCAGCAUAUCCGGAUGCGAUGGUGCAAAUCCGUAGUCGUCAUGAAAUGCACAAAGCGUACAAGGACCUGAUCCGCAUGGUGCUAAACUUGUUUUGUGGAAGGCAAAGUAACAAAGUCGGACCUAAAGCGGGUUCUGAUCAGGACUCGAGCAAUCAUGAGGAGCAGAGAAGCAUGGUUGAAGAACCACAGAAUGCACCUGAGAAAGACAGAGCGAUUGAACAAGUUAUAUCGGACAUUAUUGACGUGGAAGUCAAAAUUGCUGAAAUGAUCAUAAAGGGUCGUGGAAACGAUUACUAUCAGACAGACACGGCGCAAAACUGGCAAAAGAGAUUUGGAAAAUUUCCCAUAUUUACAGGACUGGAAAUGGAUGUCACAAGAGCCAAGAGAACUCUGGCAAAUAACUACGAAAUAGGUGUGCACCUUAUCGGUUAUUUCAAAGAGUUGGCUAAAUAUCUCGAGACCCUGCCAGUGAGGAAGCUAAUAAACUACGCUGGCUGGUACUUUGCCCGAGAGGUUGCGGACGUAAUGACUUCGGAGGUCCGGCAGUAUCUUAACCGCUUUCUUGGCACAGUGUCCAAACCUGGAAUCCAAGUGGUUCUGAACAAAGAUCACUGUAUUGACAAGCUCAUUGGAUAUCAUGGUGUGAUGGAAGCUGGCGUCGCACAUUUGUACCUAUUGCGCUACUUCGGUCAAAGAGCCAUCAACGAAGCGUCUGAAAUGGCACGUCACCUUAAUUCAUCAUUCUACAGUUUUGUCAGCAGGAAUUCGUGGAUGGAUCAAGAGACACACGAGAAGUCGCUGCAAUGGAUGAGUCAACUGCAGUACCAAAUGGGCGCUCCCCAUAAACUUCUUGAUGAUGCAACAAUUCAACAACAGUAUGAUCUCGUCAAGUUACCAACGCAAGACAAUCUUUUGCGGUACAUAUACGCCUAUCGGGACAACAAUUUUCUGCAGAUGUUGAGAAAGAAUCGGGAGGCGUAUGAUAGAAAUGAUAUAUGGCCGGUGUCAACAUUAGCUACCCAUGGGAGGUACUCGGAAUUCUACACUUGUUUAGGUGUGCCUGCAGGUGCGCUUCAAGAACCUGUAUUCAGAUAUAAUGCGUCGAGAAAUAAACGCUGAAUGAAAUGCUGACGUGAUCCUAAACAAGAUCAACAAGCGCCGUAGUGCUCGACCUUACGACGCCCAUAUUCGUAAGCUUAUAUUCGUGAUUUUUUUUUGGGGGGGGGGGAAGGGGGCGGCGUUAUGCUCUUGUACCCUAGACAUGUCCCUAGGACGUCUCUGAUGUGCUCGUUUUUAUUCUCAAGUACGCAAUGAAAACUCUCAUCGCUGCAAGUUCAUGAUGUAUUGGUGGCAGGCCACCAUGGCGUGUCGCGCAAGUAUAACCACGCUGAUUCGUUUGGGUUGACAUAUACUGUUUUGUGCGUCAUACUUCGCCACAUUCAUUUUUCAAACUAUGCCAGAGCUCGAAAAGCGCGGCCAACUCACUACGUCCCUUACCUCUGUUUACUUCCGCAAAAUGUGUGUUUAUCGCAGUGGUUACCGAAUACGCCCAGCGGCAUGCUACGACACAAGCCUUUAUGGCGGCUGAGCAACUGAAGUCGCAGGCUUUAUUCAACAUGGCGUCGACGUUCAAUAUGGCUAUCCUCAAUUACUUUUCGCGGACUUCGCUCACCGCCUUCUCUCCAGUGUCAUCUCUUACGCUACUCGCUCCUGCUAGACACAACACAAACACGCAACGACCUUAAUGAAGUAUCAAUUACAGGCUAGUUGACACACUGUCGACGUAUAUUUCCGCUGAGCACCGGGAUUGGAGCGUUGUCCUGUCUAUGGUGACAUUAUCCGUCUACAGCCUCUCUCAACAACACCGCUCGUUACUCAUCACGUUUUUUUUUUUUUUUGUCGGCAAGAGCAUAGCGUAUUUCCUCUGAAUGUACUUUCGGCUUUAAGUGUGACCUUGCACGCCCGCUUAUUCUGUUACGUUGACGGCGACCGUUGUCGUCAGGAUGCCCCCUCAUUCUGAGCUUCGCAGUCACCAGAGAGCACAGAAAGCUGUCUUCACAAACAAACCACCGAGAUUCGAGCCCAUCUCCCAAAUGCUCCAUCUUACAUUUGGGAAAUGGGCACGCUAACCAUUACGCUACCACCUGCCUCCACCAAUUUCUGUUUAUCUAUCUGCCUGGAGCAAUUGCCGGACUUGUUCGCCAGGCUAAACCCGCCUGCUGCUACAAUUCACCACCACCACCACCACCAUCCCACUUCACGUUUUUGCCGCAGACGCAGGCAGAAUGGAUGCAGAAACGAAAAAAAAGUAAAGAUUGCUUGAGCGGCCAGCUGACGCAUGACCUUAACUUUGGCAGGUUAUUCUCAUUGAAGCGCAUGUAGGCUUGCGGCUGUGUGCAGAUUGUGGGUCGCCUUAGCUUUAUUGUAAAUUUGCUUUCACCGACUCUUUUCAGCUAGAACUCAAAUGCCGGAAAAAAUGAUACCUACCGUUGAAUAUUUUUUUCUUGUUUUCUUGGUUUCAA